CUAAUCACGCGGCCCGGCCUCCAGAGCUGCAGCUGCAGCUGCUGCUGCUCCACCACCUCCAUGACUCCAUCCAUCCAUCCAUCCAUCCAUCCUGUAUAGUACUACUAGUACUCCUAUAAAUUAAAAUAAAGGAAGCAAGGCAGCAGCAGGCAUCUCAUCUCGAUCAAGGCAGCUAGCAGGAAAGAUGAUGGAGGUGGAGAGGCCGCCGCCGUUGGAGCUCAAGGAGGAGCAGCCACACCUGCUCCUACUCAUGGAGGCCGAGGCCGAGGCCGAGGAGGAAGACACCUCCUCCGCCCUCCUGCACACCAGGGACAGGGAGAAGAAGAAGAUGACGACGACGAUGGACCUGGACCCCUCCCACUCCAGCUCCAGCUCCGACGCAGCAGCAGCAGCAGCCGAGAUUGAAGAGGAUGCGGCCCCUCACCACCAGAGCAUCUUCUUGGAUCCAACCCAAGGUCUAUGGAAGUGCCGGCACUGUGAUUGGACGCACCGCUUGAGUGGUCCAUGCACAGCUGAUAUCCUCGACCAUCAGGGACACUGCAAAAUUGUCAGCAAUCUUGAUUCGUUAGUUCGCAACCAACCAUUAUAUUAUUCACCAUACAGAGUCUCUGAUCAUGCUGAAAACCAAGUUACAGAAGUUGGUGGCCACAAAGAAAACGCAAACGGAACUUCAGGUGAACAAGGUAAAGAGAUUGACAAACAGGACAACGUCAGCGCUCAGGAAACUAACCACAGUUCAAACAAUGGCAAAUUAGAAAAUGGUUCACACUCUAAUGGGGUGCAUGAGAUCUCCAGCAGCAGUGAAACCGUGACCAUUGCAGAUGGACUGAAACUGAUUACAACCAUCCGUGAUGCUAGACACAUCUUGCCAAACUGGAGUGGUUCUGUUGACGUUUCCACUGCCACCACGAGUACAUCUGAAGUUCAUGAAAUCGAAGUGGAGAAGGAUGAAAUUGUCAAUAAGGGUGAAGUGAAAGUUGAAGAGUAUGAUCUUGAGAAGAUUCUGGACGAGCAAGAAACCCAUGACCUCUAUUGCCCCAACUGCAAAUCCUGCAUAACUCGAAGGGUCAUCCUUAAAAAGAGAAAGAGAACAGUAAGACCAGAAGCACGUAAGGAACCACCAAAAAGACCACAGCUUGUAGAGCCUUCUGCCAAUGUUCCAAGACAAAUAGUUGAUGAAGACUCGCCCGAAGUAUUUAGAUGCUUGUCAUGCUUCACUUUCUUCAUCCCAACAGGUUGCAGUUUUAAUAUAUUCCGUAUAUCUGAAAGGAGGGAUGUAAACCAACAAGUUCAAGUUCAGCAUUCUUCUGCUUCACAACAGACGUCUGAACACUGUGGAAGUUGGCUUCUUUCUUGUUUCCAGACAGCAGAUAGUCCAAGGCCAUCAAAUAAUGCAGGAUCCAUAAAGAUAGAGUCAGUACAUGUAAAUGUGCAGCAAUAUGGAGCGCACCAAGAACAAAUUCCUCUCUCACAGCCUGCUGGUGAUACUAAAACUGAUACCAGUCAUCUCGGUCACAAACAAGAAUUCACGCAAAUAGAGGCAGGGAAUGUGGUAACUGUGCAGCGAAAUGGAGCAAGCCAAGAACAAAUUCCUCUCUUGCAGCCCUCUGGUGAUACUGCGACUGAUUCGGUGCACCUAGGUCAAAAACAAGAUAUUCUGGAAGGUAUGACGGCACCCUCUGAUAACAGCCCAUUUUUCAGCAAACCAUUUUUUGAGCCAGUACCCCCAAUAAAAGUUUUUCCGGGAGGGGACAACCAGACGGUUGCAAAACCAACUUUAGUUAUUCACCAACCGGUUGAGUCAGAAGCUCCACCUCAUACAGUAGUGGCAGUCCCUGAGGCUGAGACACCAGUUCCUGCAUUAUCAGCUCCAAGGGAUGAAUGGGAUAUACUGAAAGCAAUAGUGUAUGGCGGCCUUGUUGAAUCAAUCAUGAGCCUCUCAGUUGUAUCAGCAGCAGCAGCAAGCGGUUCCAAGACCUUGGAUAUAUUCAUCCUGGGCAUAGCAAACCUUAUUGGUGGUAUUCCUGUAAUUUACCACAAUAUUGCUGAUCUGCGAAACACAGGAGAUGUAGCUGAAAGCAGUGAGCAAGUGGGGCACUACUGGCUAGAGCUGGGAAGGCGAUCAAAGUACCAUUUGCACAUGGUGAUAGCCAUACUGUCGUACAUCCUCUUCGGGCUGCUGCCACCAGUCAUCUACGGACUGUCAUUCAGGACAAGCGACAACAGGGAGAACAAAAUGUUGGUGGUCGCUGCUGUAUCUCUCCUGUGCAUUGCGCUGCUCGCAAUUGGAAAGGCGCAUGUUAAGAGGCCCAGGACUUACUUCACAACCCUCCUCUACUACCUGUCCAUUGGAUUCAGCGGUUCCGGGUUGUCGUAUGCCACAGGCGUCCUCAUCAUGAAGCUCCUAGCACACUUUGGUAUCAUUGAUCAGGGUGGUGCAUCAGCUCCUGCUCCUCCAGGUCUCUCAUUCCCCGAAGCAGUCGCCUGGGCUUCCUACUGAGCUUUGAGCCCUCAUUUAGUUGUUUUGAUGGUCCAAUAGAUUAUCUGGGCACACACACAUCUGCAUGGAGUCACGGUUGUUUUGAUGGUCGAAUAGAUUAUCUGGGCACACACGCAUCUGCAUGGAGAUGCUAUCUUCGGUUCAGAAAGUUUUUAUGCCUUUUUUUUCAACAGCACUUGGCCAUAGUAUAAUCUUCAUCACAGAAUUCUUCUGUACCACAACCUUGUCAUCGUAUUUUUGACAGGAACAUAUUAUCAGUUACAAUAUCCUUUUGUCACAUCA